AUGACGUUUAGCAUAGCCAAAUCGGUCCUCAUCAACCCAGUCCCAGCUAGCAAAAGCCUCCCAGACAAGGGCGAAGGGCAAGAGGUUUUAAGCUUAACUCGACUCCUGCAUCACAGCCAUGUUACUACAGAAUUCGACCCCUUGAGAUUUGAGGCUGCCGCAUCAUUGCAAUUGAAAUUGCAGCUCGAGGGGCAAUACCCAGAUACAGAAACAGAUACGCGACUCAUUGCGUCGCCCUACAACAGCGUCCCCCAUCUGCUGGACAUUGCUGCACUGGAAAGACAAGACCGACUAUUUGCAUUGGCAUUGGCAUAUCUCAAACCUAUCCGCGACGACUAUGCCACCGCUGACUACACCGAAUCAUUCAACUGGACCGAGGUGUAUGAUUUGCUGAGAGUCUUCUCACAGGCCGAAAACCACACAUGGAAAUCACAGUCAUACUAUGUUGUUAUUUUCCGAUCAAUAUUGUUGCCGGAUAUUGACUCGGACCGUCUUUAUGAUCUCGAUGCGCAUUCGCACCAGGAGGCCAUUGCUAGUGGCGGGCUGUUGAAGUAUUGGUUUGGGGCGAAGAAUGACAAGCAUCGAAAUCUGGCCACUUGCAUUUGGCGCAGUCGAAAUGACGCGAGACUUGGUGGUCUUGGACCUUGGCAUGCUCAGGCAAGAGCGGCCGCUGCAGUAAUGUAUGAGCAGAUUCGGUUCACUACGCUAAGGUUGGAUAUUGCGGAUGGAGUGCAGUCCUGGAAGCUGAGUUAUUGGAAGGAAGAUGUGCUGUAA